AUGGCUGAACAAUUCUACACUGUGACAUCGGAUAGUGAAACCACUGGGGAGGAUCAAGCACAGCAAUCAUUCCCUGAUGUUGCUAUCGGCAUUGAUAUUGGCACUUCAAGAUGCAGUGUUGCUGUUUGGAAUGGUCAUCAAGUGCAGCUGCUGAAAAAUACCCGAAGCCAGAAAGGGAUGAGGUCAUAUGUCAUGUUCAAAGAUGACACCCUUUCAGCUGGUGUUACUGGAGGAGCAACCAAGGAACACGCACACGAGGAACGAGAUAUCUUGUCAGGAAGUGCAAUAUUCAAUAUGAAACGUUUAAUUGGGAGAAUGGACACUGAUGAAGUGGUUCAAGCUAGCAAGACCCUCCCUUUUCUUGUGCAGACAUUGGGCAUUGGUGUGAGGCCAUUCAUUGCAGCCCUAGUCAACAAUAUGUGGCGGUCCACAACUCCUGAGGAAGUUCUUGCCAUCUUUCUGCUUGAAUUGAAGGCCCUGGUGGAAAUGCAUCUCAAACAUCCAGUCCGGAACGCGGUUCUAACCAUUCCAGUUGCAUUCAGUCGGUUCCAACAGACCAGGAUCGAGAGAGCAUGUGCAAUGGCUGGACUGCAUGUGCUGAGGCUUAUGCCAGAACCCACCGCUGUUGCGCUUCUGUACGCUCAGCAGCAGCAGCAGCUUCUGCAUGACAUCAUGGGAAGUGGCAUCGAGAAAAUUGCCCUGGUAUUCAACAUUGGUGCUGGUUAUUGCGACGUUGCGGUGUCUGCCACUGCUGGAGGUGUUUCCCAAAUAAGAGCACUUGCGGGUUGCACCGUUGGUGGGGAGGACAUUCUUCAGAAUGUUAUGCGCCACCUCCUACCCAAUUUUGACAGCUUAUAUGGUAAUGCUGGUCAAACAAUGGACAGAAUCAAGUCAAUGGGUUUACUGCGUAUCGCAACUCAGGAUGCGAUACACAAACUGGCCUCCCAGGAAAGCGUUGAGAUCAAUGUUGAUUUAGGGGGAGGCCAUAAGGUGUCCAAGGUUUUAAACCGUGCAGAAUUUGAGCAAGUGAAUCAGGCGAUCUUUGAGAAAUGUGAGAGGAUCAUCAAGCAAUGCUUGGCAGAUGGGAAGCUAGCACCGGAAGACAUUGAUGACGUGAUCCUGGUAGGAGGAUGCUCCAGAAUUCCCAAGAUCAGAAGCCUCGUCCUGGGAUUAUGCAAGAAGGAAGACUCCUACGCGAGCAUAGAUGUUCUGGAAGCUGCUGUUUCAGGUGCCGCCCUGGAAGGGGCCAUUGCUUCAGGAGCCACUGACACUUCAGGGAGCUUAGACCUGCUGACCAUCCAGGCCACCCCGAUGAACCUCGGGAUCCGUGCCGACGGUGAUGGCUUUGCCGCGAUCAUUCCAAGGAACACUGCAGUUCCUGCGAGAAGGGAGAUGCUGUUCACAACAACUCGUGACAAUCAGACGGAGGCCCUCAUUGCUGUCUACGAAGGUGAAGGCAAGGAGGCGGAAGCGAACCAUCUGCUGGGGUACUUCAAGAUCACCGGCAUUCCUGCAGGAGCCAAGGGGUCUGUCGAAAUCAAUGUGUGCAUGGACAUCGAUGCGGCCAACGUCCUGAGGGUGUUUGCUGGCGUUGUGAAGCCGCAGGGCGAGGCUGCCCCGCCGUUCAUGGAGGUGAGGAUGCCCACGCUCGAUGACGGGCAUGGCUGGUGCGGGCAGGCACUGGCCAAGAUGUAUGGUAGCGACCUCGACCUGGCCCUUCUCCUCCCAAAGAAGGUCCAGCCGUAA